ACUUGGCACAACCCACUUCCUCCUCCCCCCCACCAUCAUAACAUAAAACGCGGGCGAUGUUUGUCGAAGGGAGUUCGAUUUGAGUGAGUUCGCAACGCAGCGAAGUUUACAAAAAAAAAAAUUCCUCGGUUGUUAUCACAGCCACCUGAAUUAAGCAUCCGCGGAAACGCGACGAACGGACGGGAGUUUACCUCACGGAAGUUGUCAUUUUUUUGUUGUUGUUGUUUUAAGAAUAUUUUUUUUUCGUUAUUUGCUGCCUACGUGAUGGUGGGUGGAGUUGGUUGGUGUCAAUGGACCGUUGCAUCGUGUCGUUCGCUAGCGAAAGCCGAACCGGUUGGAGUUUAAGAGAGCACAGCAGCAGGAGGAGUUCAUCGCCAGCGCCGUCUCCGCUGCUGCGCCUCUCCCACUCCCUCGCGCAGCUGCCACUGCUGCUGGGCACCGCCAGCGCCUGGCAGCAGCAGCAGCAGGGGCAGCAGCAGGGGCACGCAAGGGGCUGCCUGCCUGGGCCAUUGCAACUCCACUUCGGUGAUGGUGGCGAUGGCGACGGUGACGGUGUUGGGGCCGGCGGCGAUGGUGCUGGGGUGACGAUGUGGGAUUGUGGGGUGCAGACUGAGGAGGAUGGCGAUGAUGGGGUGGUGGUGUUGGUGGCGAUGGAGGAGGAGGAGGAGGAGAGUUACCCAGACGAGGGUUCAAACAACGCGGCCGAAAUCCACCCGGCAGCUCGCACGUCGCCGCCAUCGCCGCCAAGCCCAUCGCCACCGCCAUCGUCAUCAUCACCUUCACCUUCAUCAUCGUCACCGCUACCCAGACCACCGCCAGCAUCAUCACCAUCACCUUCAUCAUCGUCACCGCUACCCAGACCACCGACCACCGCCAGCACCGCCGUCGUUGGAGAGGGGUUUGGGGAGGACCCCCAGAGUCUCUGA